AUGAUAUUUGAUCAGUUUGUGACCCGGGGUCAGCGUCUGUCCGGGGGCGGCUGUCACCUGCUCCUGCUCAGCGAGGACCGCCAGUCGGGCUCCAUCUUCUCCGAGGGUUUCCCGGCGCUCUCUCCGCACCGGAACUGCUCCUACACUCUGUACGGCUCCCGGGAACAGCGAGUGACGCUCACGGCAGUACGGGUGGCGCUGCAGCCAGCCGACAGCAGCUGUGCCUCAGGAGACCGUCUGGUCGUGCACGGCGGGACCACGGAGCGGGCCCAGGUGAUCGCCGAAAUCUGCCGCUCAGGUCGUGUCGUACAGGUCACCUCAUCGGGACCGUACCUGCACGUGACCAGUCACGUGACCGCAGCACCGGACGGUGCCGGCGGUCACGUGCGGCGCCCGGUGGCCGGGUUCAAGCUGGAGUACCGGUUUGAGGAGGACCCGGGCCGACGGGACCUGCCGCCGGAUCUGAUACCAUCAAACUUUCACAAGUAUUUGGAAGACUUGGACGUCAUGGGAAUGAUUAUCGGGGACACCAUCAACAGAACAUCGGUAUAUCUCCCGUCGGAAACGCGCUGCGAGCUCAGCUGCCACCAGAUGGUGCUGUCUGGCGACACGAGGUCCGGCGAGGUGUCCAGUCCCGGCCACCCGCUGACCUACCCGGCUAAUAUCCUCUGCAGGUACGAAUUCCAGGGAAACGGUAACGAUAGAGUUAUCCUUCACUUCGAACACUUCGACCUGAGGAAAAACACAACGCUCAAAACGUGUCGCGGCGCCGACUCGGUGACCGUUCUCGGUCUGUCGGCCGGCCGACUCAGGCUGCUCCGUCGACUCUGCGGCUCCGGCCAGCCAGCUCGAGUUAUGUCCCCUGACCACCGGCUGCUUCUACUGUUCGCCACGGGCGGCGCCACCGGCGCGGGACCAACCGGACCAACCGGCUUCAGAGCCACCUACCGGUUUGUCAGAGAUUACGGACUCACCACCGGCGUCCAGCUGCCGACCAGUUCUUGUGCCUUCGAGUUCCGGAGCAGCAUGCUGAGGGAGGGAACCUUCCGGACGCCAAACGCGCCAGGCUACUAUCCCGGUAACACGGACUGCCACUUCUACUUUAUCGGAGGCGCCAACGAGACCGUUCUGGUGCAGUUCGGCUACUUCGAUGUGGAGGGCAUCUACCCUUGCCGGCUCGGCUCGUCCUCUGACUAUCUGGAGGUGGACUCCGGCGAUCGGUCCCCCGUGGACGGUCUGGAUUACCAGGGCGCCGGGCACGGGCCGCCGGAGCGGUACUGUGGGGACACGGCGCCACCCAACCCGCUCAUCGCUGACACCGGCCAUCUGAGACUGACGUUUCACUCAAACGGUCAGUUCGAGGCCACGGGGUUCGAGGCCCGGUACCGGUUCAUCUCCCGAGCGGAGGAGGUGGCCGUGGCUCCUGCCGCCUCCACGGGCGCGGCCGAGCUCCGCCUGCCGCCGACGGGGCUCCUGCUGCUGACCGGGUGUCUGCUGAGACUGAUUGGAGCGCAGGGUCCUGGCUGAGCGGCGCGCCCGGCCCCGGCUGACUGGGUGUCUGCUGAGGUUGAGCGGCAAUCGAUGGGUCAGCGACCGUUGGUCACGGCUCACUAAGUCUAAGACCCCACGGAAUUCUGCGGCCAGUGAAUCGUCACCAGGGAGGGUCAGGGACCAUUGGAUGGAGGGGCGAGCGCCUGUCCCAGGCGUCAUGUGUGUUGCGAUACUCGUUUUUAUUUUUUCGUCUGUAAAUCUUGCAUUGUAUCAGCAGGGGACUACCGCACUUUUGCCUGGAGUCGUUUGGAGACUGGAUGGGUUUGUGAUAGUGUGGUGUUGUAGAAAUAUUUUCUGGCUUGUGUGCACUGGAUGUUAUUCGUU